AGAACUUCGAAAGCAAGCCAAGUUGAACUUCAAAGGCCCAUAGUUUAUCGGUUCGAUCAAAAUCUUCAAGAAGUGAAAGACUUGUAACGAAUCAAUAAUCAUCGCCGGAGCAAUUCACGACUAGUCAUACCGGCGGAUUCCGGCGUCAAUUUGCUACUUAUCUGUGUCAGUUCGUCCGAUAAACAUCAUGAUUCCGCAACAGCAAUGGAAUUCAGUGGUUUCUGGACAGAGCCCUAGAUCUCCGUCAUCGCAACCAUUUAUUUCAGUUUCUGUUACUGAUCCUGCUAAGAUGGGCAAUGGAGUGCAAUCUUAUAUCUCAUACAAGGUCAUCACGAAGACAAAUUUUUCUGACUACCAAGGACCAGAGAAGAUUGUUAUCAGGCGAUAUAAUGAUUUUGUUUGGUUACGUGAAAGACUGUUUGACAAGUACAAGGGUAUUUUCAUUCCUCCUCUUCCAGAAAAGAGCACCGUAGAGAAAUUCAGAUUUAGCGCUGAAUUUAUUGAGAUGAGGCGUCAAGCAUUGGAUACGUUUGUCAACCGUAUAGCUUCACAUCACGAGCUACAAAAAAGUGAUGAUUUAAGAGUGUUUUUGCAGGCAGAUGAACUAUCAAUGGAAAUGGCCAGAUCUCAAGAGAUUGGUAUUUUUAAGAAAAAACCAGCUGAGCUAAUGCAGAUAUUCAAGGAUGUGCAAUCUAAAGUUACUGAUGUUGUUCUUGGAAAAGAAAAGCCAGUUGAAGAAUCUAGUCCUGAAUAUGAGAAAAUGAAGCAUUACAUCUUUGAGCUCGAGGAGCAUUUAGCUGAAGCUCAGAAACAUGCAUAUCGUCUGGUAAAAAGGCAUAAAGAAUUGGGCCAGUCUCUUUCGGACUUUGGAAAAGCUGUCAAGCUUCUUGGCGAUUGUGAAGAUAAUGCUCUUGGAAAGGUAUUUUCGGAGCUUGGUGCAAAGUCAGAGAUGCUAUCAAUUAAGAUGCAAAAAGAGGCUCACCACCUACUAAUGAAUUUUGAAGAGCCCUUAAAGGACUAUGUUCGCGCAGUUCAAUCUAUCAAGGCGACUAUUGCUGAGAGGGGGAAUGCUUUCAAGCAACAAUGUGAACUAACUGAAACAAUGAAACUGAAAGAAAUAGAUCUAAACAAAUACAGGUUAAUUAGAUCAAUAAAACAGGCAGAGGCCGAACACGAAUAUGAAAUGUUGCAAGCAGAGAGCGAAGAAGCAACAAGAAGAUUCGAGAUGAUUGUUAGGAUAAUGAACGAUGAAAUGGUGCGAUUCCAAGAACAGAAAACACUGGACAUGGGACUGGCUAUACAUGAAUUUGCAAAGGGACAAGCGCGAUUAGCAAAUGGGAUUGCAGAUGCUUGGAGGAGUCUGCUCCCCAAACUUGAAGCUUGCUCCUCUCAAACCCCAAACCAUCAGUAAACCCGCAAAAUAUAUAUGCUUUAUUCGUAUGAAUUCAGGGACAAAAUACUAAAGAAGGGACUCGGGAUUUUCGGUUAUGUGUUUUAAGAUACAGGGAGAUGUGGACAAAACUAUACACUGCACACUUUUAUUUCAUGAUACAUUUUACAAGACUUUUUUAUUUUGUUAA